AGCGCAGCUUGGCCCCGGCCCGCCCCGCGCCGCCCGCCGACGCCUGGCCUGCGAUGGAAUGCCCUCGUCGCGCGACCUGCUGCCCUCCCCAGGCGGUGGGCCGCCGAGCGGGUUCCGCCCCUCGCCGCGGCUGGGGCGGCAGUGACCCUCCACUCGGCACACGCUGCCGGAGUACCUCAACCUCGAGGACGCGGUGGCGAGCAGAUCCUCGGUGGCGGACGGGGCUGACGACGAGGAGAGCUCGGACGAGGCCAUCCGGUGGCCCCACGAGCCGCUUGACGAGGACACUUUCGGGCACAGCGUGGCGCUGCUCAUCCGCGAGUCGCGGUGGCUGGUGGGCGGCACCCGCUUCCUGUACCACCGAGCGCUGAGAUCGCGAGCCGGAGUUUCUUCGACGCCCCCGCGUGCCGAGGGCACGCCGGCGGACUGCUGCUGAGCACGGUGGCGCUGCAGGUGGGCCUGCUGGUGCAGGUGAUGCAUCUGCUGUCGGCGCGCGCAGUGUACGGCAUCAGGGAGGUGUACAGCGACUUUGAGGCGAAAAUGUAUCCCAACGCGACGCUGCUGGUCUCCAAGGGUAACCUUCGAGGCAUUCCAGGCCACCGCCGAGAUGGCAACUUCGACUUGCUGACCUCAGGCGAGAAGAAGUUGGUUUGCGAGAUACCCUUGUCGCAGCCUGGCUUCUUAAUGAUGGUUCUCAUCGUCUGGACGUUGACGUGCUUGUCCGAGCUGCGGAAGCUGCUCGAGGCUAGCUACAAGAUCAUCUGGGCUACCAAGACCGUUCCGUCGAUGAGCCAUAGCUGCAAGCCGAUGAGGUCAGUGCCGACAGCUAUUGCUCAUGAGCACCAGUUUCGUGACGUCGGCAACGAUGUCUACGUGAUAGGCCUCACGGUGAGGGUGAAGCUGCUGAUCUUCCUCGUGGUGUUGUUGCCCCGCGGCGCGGUGACGCUGGCGCUCCUGUUGCUCGGGUGCCGCUGGCUCACGGCGACACCGUCGCUGGGCGAGCUCCUGCUGAACGUGGUCGCUUUGGAGUUCGUGCUGCUUCUCAAGGACACGAUCUACGGUGCCAUGGUGACCGCCCACGGCAAGUUCGAGACGGCGCGCACCUUCCUCGAGCCGGCGCAGUCGAGGGGCGACCCGUCGUCCUUCGGCGCGGACGUGCUGAGGACCGCGCUGUGGACCGUCGCCAGCGUAUCCUGGGUGGUCCUGUACGUGUACCACUGGCAGGGCGUGCUGCCGAGCUACAGGUGGGACGUCCAGGACCUCUGCCGGGCGUUCCUCGACCCCCUCUCGGAGGGGUGACUCGCCCGGCGCCGGCACGGACUCCAGGCGGGCGCGACCGGCAACUCGGCUUUGGCGAACGGCUCCUGCAGCCCCAGCGCAGGACCCAUGCGCUAGACUCUAUGGCGCCCACCACAGCGCAGCUCUCCAGGGAGCAGGUGAACGUCUCCUCCGCGCGGUCUCGCCGCGGCUGCCGGUGUUCGCCCGUGUCCAGAGGUGCUUCUCGACGGCGCCUCCGGCUGACGGCCCCCUCCCCGGGCGGGCCGACGCGCGGAGGGGCCGAGAGCGCAAAAUGCGCUGCUGA